GCCAACAGAAUUGUGCAUGUCAGUUGGUUCACUUAGAAAUCUUCGUAAUCUAUCUCCAAAUAUUGGCAAUGGAAUUGGGAAGCAUAUUACACUUCCUCCAAGAUAAAACCAUUUUAGUCACUGGUUCCACUGGCUUCCUCGCUAAAAUUUUUGUGGAGAAAAUAUUGAGGGCUCAACCAAAUGUCAAGAAACUUUAUCUUCUUUUGAGAGCCAAAGAUACUGAAUCUGCUACUCAACGCUUACACACUGAGAUCAUAGAGAAGGACUUAUUUAGAUUGCUGAAGGAAAAACUUGGUACAAGAUUCGAUUUCUUUGUAUCAGAAAAGUUGACUUUGGUGCCUGGAGACAUUUCUGAAGAGGACCUGAAUUUGAAAGACUCCAUUCUAGGGGAAGAGAUUUGCAGUCAAACAGAUGUUAUAGUUAAUUUAGCUGCAACAACAAACUUUGUUGAAAGAUACGAUGUUGCAUUGGGUAUAAAUACAUUAGGAGUUAAGCAUGUGUUGAACUUCGCCAAAAAAUGCGUUAAACUAAAGGUGCUUGUCCACGUAUCAACAGCUUAUGUAUGUGGAGAGAGAGGAGGGUUCAUACUAGAGGAUCCAUAUCACUAUGGAGUGUCACUGAAUGGAGUGCCAGGACUAGACAUUGAUAUGGAAAAGAAAAGGGUGGAUGAGAAAUUGAAUGAGCUUAGAGAAGACGGAGCCACAGAACAUGAUAUUGGAUUGGCCAUGAAGGACUUGGGUAGUAAAAGAGCAAAGAUGUAUGGAUGGCCAAACACAUACGUUUUCACAAAGGCAAUGGGAGAAAUGGUAGUAGGAACCUCAAAGGGAAACAUUAAUGUUGUAAUUGUACGUCCCACAAUCAUCACUAGCACUUACAAAGAACCUUUCCCUGGUUGGAUCGAAGGUUUAAGAACCAUAGACAGCAUAAUAGUUGCUUAUGGUAAAGGAAAAUUAACCUCUUUCCUUGUGGAUCUCAAGGCAAUUUUUGAUGUGAUACCAGCUGACAUGGUAGUGAAUGCAAUGAUAGUGGCAAUGGUAGCUCAUGCAAAAGAACCUAGUCUUAGUGAUAUCAUAUAUCAUGUGGGUUCCUCUACUGUAAAUUCAGUUAGGUACCUUAAUCUUCGAGACUAUAGCUUAAAAUAUUUCACAGAAAAACCUUGGAUAAACAAGGAUGGAAAGCCCGUGAAGGUUGGCAAAGUUAACAUACUGAGCAACAUGGCUAGCUUCCGCAGAUAUAUGUACAUUCGUUACCUGCUUCCCUUAAAGGGACUAGAGGUGGUGAAUGCGGCUUCAUGCCAUUAUUUUGAGGAAAUGUGUGUUGACUUCAAUAGGAAGAUACGUACUGUGAUGCGAUUGGUUGAAAUUUACAAGCCUUACUUGUUCUUCAAUGGACUAUUUGAUAAUAGGAAUUCAGAAAAGUUAUUAUCGUUGGCAAGAAAAGGUGGGGCAGAGACGGAAAUCUUUUACUUUGACCCCAAAAUAAUUGAUUGGGAGGAUUAUUUCAUGAAUGUGCAUAUUCCUGGUAUCAUCAAGUAUGCCGUCAAGUGAUACGUAAUUACGUGGUCUUAUGAAGCUUGAAUUUGUUGCAUGUACGUGUAUUUGUUAUAAAUUAUUGAAUUUCACCUCGUAGCUCUAAGUGUUUGAUUUGUGGAGUGAAUAUUUUGUAUUUUGUAUUUUUAUGUGCACUUUCGCCAAUUUGAAGAAAAAUUCAAA